AUGAGGCCGACUCUCUCAGGGUUAAAAUAUCCGAAUUAAAUGUUGAAUUGGAAUUGACUUCAAAAAAUUCGGAGAUACAAUCUCCUAAGGUCAAUAACCCCAGAUCACUGAAUUCUCUCGAGAUUGGAUUAUCGUCAGAACCGGUUAAAAUCGGUGGCGAGACAGAUGGAAAAAAUGUCUCUGCAUCCAAUAGGCCAAAAGGUUUCUUGUACGUAGAAAAUAAUGUAGAUAUGGCAAUUCCCAUUGUGACAAAAAUGAGAGGUAAUUUAAAUGGUCCAACACUCGCAUAG